AUGUCCUUACUCAAAAUACCUAUGCUGGUCUCCGCAUAUUAUGCGUACUAUACUGUGACGACCUCUCCGACCGCUCGACCACGAAAAAAUGAGAGGUCAAGAGCACCACCUGGGACUAAUACCAACAUAAUGAGCAGAAUGUGGCCUUCUCAGGUUAUGUGCUUCCAUAUAUCGCUCUUUCUCAUUUUUACCUGCGAAAUUCUCUCCAUCCUCGCUACCCGAUAUCCCAACCUCCCCUAUGCCACCUCUAUCGCCUCUGCUCUAACUCCAACGCUCAGUCACAACAACAUCCCGUUGACCCCGCCAUCCCCACCGAUCGAUUCUUCCUCCUACUCACCGUCUGUUUCUACAUCUAUCAGAGCAAGCACACCCUUCAUUCUCGGAUGGCUCCUCGUCGUCGGCGGAACCAUUCGCAUAAUCUGCUACCGCACCCUUGGCCGUCACUUCACCUUCGAACUUGCUGUCCGGGACCAACACCGUCUCGUCACCAGCUUCCCAUACUCACUCGUCCGUCACCCGGCCUACAUCGGUACAUUCUGCGGCUUCGUCGGCAUGGCGAUUUGUCUCGUGUCUCCCGGCUCGUGGGUGGCGGAGCAGGGGUGGUUCAACCAUGGUCAGAGCGCUGGUGUGUGGAUUGCGAGGAUGUAUGCGCUGACGUUCGUGGUGUGGGAGGUGGCGGUCUAUGCGUGGCUGAUGAAGAGGAUGGAGUCGGAGGAGAAGAUGUUGAAAAAGGAGUUUGGGAAGGAGUGGGAGGAGUGGGCGAGCAGGGUGAAGUGGAAGAUGAUUCCUAGUGUGUUUUGA